UAUCUAUCUAUCUAUCAGCACCAAGCAAUGGCCACUGCUACCAAGAUCUGUUUAACCCCCGCCCACGGGGGUGUCUAUAGUGUUCCGGGUCUCAGCUGGGCCUCAGCACGCAAAGUGAGUGAAGUCCUUCAGCACGACAUGGAGAAUCAUCACGUUUAUCUCAACAAUAUUGGAUUUCACGAUCAUAUCGUGCAUUUCAUGCUCACAAUCUGGGCCCUUGGAGCCUCUCCGGAAACCAUUCAACUCCAGUAUGAGCGAGAAGCUAAACGCCAGCGGCCCGCCUUUCCCCGAGACGAAGCCCUUGUUUCAUCCUUCCACGACAAGAAGAAGUUCAUGAAAUUCAUGUAUCAGGAAGAGCAAUACUCCAACUACCUCGCCUUCUUCCAGGGCGAGAUCACACGCAAGGGCGUCCCGGCGGUAAUCAAUGAGUAUUUAUUCGGGGGCGACGAGCUCGCCGAAUCGCUCCUCUCCCGCAUGUUCGCAGGGCUGGUCCACCCCAUCAUCCAUCUCGGGUUUGGGAUUGAAUUCCAGCAGCCCGCCAUCGUCGCCCAGGCUCUGGCGCAGGCAUCAGUGCACCAGGAUUAUCUUGCCGACCGCUUCUACAGGCCCACGGAAGCUCUCUCAGCUAGUACUCCGAAGACGAGCAAAGCGCUGGUGGAGAUUAUCACGGAGAUGCGUCGCGAUCAACAUCUUCGCGACGCCGCCCUCCAUGGCGACACUGAGAUCUUCGAGGAUGGGAUCCUGAAGCGCGCGGAUGCAGCCAUCUUAAAAUACUGUAGCCAAUGGAAGGUUCCUGAAGACCAGAUCGACGAGAAGCUAGUUGAAAUGAUCAACACUGCCAUUGACUGGACCGCCACCGCCCAGAACCCUAAGAAGGAGUUGAAGCUCGACUUUUUCUACAUCCACGCCGUCAACCUCUCCAUUUUCUUCAAAGCGUUUAUGGACCUGCCCUAUCUGAAGGCCUCAGAUAAAGCCCGCCUGCUGGAAAUGAAGGGCCGCAUGGAUCUCCUGAUUUGGGCGUCACGGAAGAUGCCGGAACCCCAGCCGGACGACAUCAUGAAUUACCCAAUCCACCUGGGUUGGCCCGAGGUCUUCGCUCAGAGCUAUCUCCACCCUUCCGAUGACGGCCACCUGUCCAAGUUCGUGCGCACCGUGGCCUUCGCGGAGCAGCUCUGCCGCCCUUACGAGGACUCCAAGACCCUGCCCGUGCGGGGGGACAUGUGGCUCAAAAUUGGCAAUAUCGCGGUCGACUCUGUGGGUGUGAUAUUCCAAGACCUUUGGGUGCGAGGAUCUGGAUUUUCUGAGUCAUGGGAGAAGUUUGGACCUCGAACAUAGUCAACUCUACCUUUCCCCGUUCCCUUGUCAGAAUCUCGGUUAGGUGCCAGGUCUGAGGCUAUCGAUAAUGAAGGGUAUACUCUCUCCUCUGCCUUCAAUAACCAAAUAUACGCAUCG